AUGGUUCCUUCUAUUACUUCACAGGCCACACAAGCGGCCUUGCUCGACUGGGCUGACUCGAUGCUUGUACAACUACUACCCGAUCGAGACCCAGACAUUAAAGCAAAGAAACCAGAACAUUUCUUCGACGGGACUGUGUUCUCCGCUCUUCUCGAGAUUCUAGAUACCGAGUAUAAUCCUUCCAGAUUUCAACAGAGUCUUGCCGCUUCAAAAGCCGAUGGUGAUAUAUCGCAAGGUAGGAGACGAAAUCUACAUAUCAUCCAUAUGGGCUUGAAGGACUUCGCGAGACGCCACUGUUCAAAAAUCGAGCCUUUGAUCAACCAAGUCGAUUUCCAGGCCCAAGCCAAAGAACCUACCAAGACGGGAACAUUUGAGGUAACUAUCCCUACUUCUUCGUCUUCGGAAUCCCGGAUAGCAACUAAGAUAUACCAUCAGAUACUGGUUCUCUUUGUGGCCGUCGCAUGUUUCCGUGAAGAUGAUAAUUCGAAAUAUAUAACUUUAGUUACGAAUUUGGAAACGAAAUAUCAGCAGGGUAUCUUUCAAAUCCUUAAGGAAGUUGAUGCCAAGCUAGGACAGGUAGCGGAGGCCACCGACAGCGAUCCUGAUGGUGGCCAUGCCCCCGCCGACCUCGAUGACGAGCUCGCGCAAGAAGCAGCGCUGGUGCAACUACAAUAUGAAGCAGACGAAGCGAAGAGGCAAGCAGGCGGUUUAAAACUACGACUGGAUCGUCUUCAAGAUAAUUACGAUGAACUUCUAAGAAAACACGAGGAGCUUCAAGAAGAAAAUGAGCACUUACAUAAGCAGAUCGAGUCGGAAGUUGGCAACUUCGAUAAACAUCGCCUCCAACGUCAACUAAAGGAAAACGAGUCGCUUAUCGCAAACUUAGAGAACGAGCGGAACUACCUGGUUGAUGAGAGGGAACGACUGGUAAAGGAAAAGGGCCGACUUGAGUUGGUGGCUCGGAAGGCUGAGGCCUUAACUGACGAGAACCAAGAACUUCGUUCUAAGAAUGAAGAUUUGUCUAAGAAGGCUAACAUGGCAGACAACUUAAGGAAAAAGUUAGAAUCACUAAAGGCAGUAGAGGCAGACUUUAAGACAUUGCAGAACGAAAGGGUCGACGCAUCUAAGCUUAUGGAGCAGCUUGACGGCGCCACCAUGAGGAUAGAGACUUUAAAGCGGGAAACAGAAGCUUAUGCUACCAAGAUGCAGGGGUACGAAAUCGACAUCGCCAAUUUUAACAACCAGAAGACCAUGUAUACGGCGGAAAAUGCCGAACUACGAUUACGUCUCGAAGACCUCCAAGCCCGCAGUCAAAUAGAUGAAGGAGUCGUCCGAGAGCUUCAGGAGAAAGUUAUGAUGCUCGAUCCCUCUGCCACCCCGAGCACGCCCCUAGGUCCCCGCCCGACUACGCUCGAAGAUGAACUAAGCGAAUCUAACAACGCCAUAUCAAUGAGAAACCUUGAGUUGCAGCGUCUCCAAGCGGAGAACGCUGUCCUCAAGAGUAGCAUCGGUACAGAAACCGAAAAGGGUCAGCUUAUUCAAGAGAUGGAAGAUCUACGUGCCUCCCGCCAAGUUGUUCAAGACAAAUUCAACGACAUGCUCGAAAAGUAUACCGUUGGCCAACACCAACUCGAUGCUCUUAUCCAAAACAUGGGUAAAGACGGGUUAGUUCAGGCUAUUCAAGCUUGUUAUGAUGUAGCCCCGGGAACAAAGUGGCUGAUGUCAAAUUACUUUAGAGAGGAAGCGUAUUCGAAUUUACGGACUCAAGUUCUUGCCGAGCAGAACAUAGCCAAACAACUCGAAAGACAACUCGCCGCCGCCAAAGAGCAACUUGCAGACAGAGACCGGGCGCUACUUGAAGCACGAGGCGAUUGUAAGAUGAUUUUGAGGGAAUAUUUGAUGGAUCAUGAUGCUGACGAUGUGGAACAAGUGAACGCCGUCGAGAAAUCUAGCCUCGAUGCCCUUGCUGAGUUGAAGAGAACCGAUGGCAUGCUUGCUGUUUCCCUCCGCGCGGAGCUCGAGACGGAGAGAAAGAAACAUAAGGCAUUGAAGGAUGAAUUCGAGACCCAAAAAUCGCAGCUCCUAACGGCAUUCAUCGAAAAGGAUCAACUUCGACGGGAGGCUGAAGCGGCUAACCGUGAGAUGCAGAGAGCCGCAGACGGACUCACGGUAAACACAGAUAGCGCAAGACAAUCCGAGAAAAUGGAGAAACUCAGAACGCGGUACAAGCAGUUACAGCAGGUGAGUCCUACUUUCUCUCUCGCGUCUAUUCCUAGCGACGACACCGGCGUCAUCAGGGUUGAUGUCAAGCGUCAAUCCCUCUGGGACGUCGUAAGUCCCUGGUUUGGGAAGAAAAAAGAACGGCCCGAGAGCAGUUUUCAACUCAGCCAAGAGGAAAAACGUAGUUCAUUUGGCCUAUCCGGUCGUCCACAAUACGAGCAGUCGGAGCUCAAAAACCGUGAGCUAGAACGGACACUAAAGGCUGUCCGUGCCGGAUCAGAAGCUGGAGCUCAAAAGGCACAAACCGACCAGAUUAUUAAAAACCUACAACGCGAGAACGCCAUGAUAACUACCGCUUGGUAUGACCUCACGAGUCGAUUACAGAGCAACCAUGUCGUGCUUCAACGGCGGAAUGAUGUUCCCAAGAGCUGGUUGAACAAGCAAAGACAGAUGGUGAAUGCAACGCCUCGGAAAUAGGAGCUCUGAACGUGACAUGAACUAUCCUAUACGGACCCACGGGAAUUGGGGGCCGUUCCUCAAUCCUUCCCUUCUUAUUCUUGCUGGCAGGGCCAGAUAAUGUCUUUCAGCUUGGUUUUGGACACUACGGUUGCCCAACACUCCCCCCUUUAUGUGCGAACGCCUUUUCGUUCCGAGUUCGCAAUGGACCCCUACAACACACAACAUAACCCACGCUUCUUUGGUGCAUUUUCUUUAUAUAGGCGAGUACCUAGGUAGUCGCAGCAUCGGUUGGCGGCCUUGAUGAUUGAUUGAUUGAAUUGGGCAUGCGACACAUGUGUCUUUUUGUACGUACUUGCGUGGAUUAUACCCGCCUCAUAUAGGUAGCUGCGUGGUGGUCGCGUUUGAGAGAAUUGAGUUUUGUAAACUCGUGUUUCCAUGAUGCAAGUGAAAUUUACGCUAGAUUCGAGUAUGAUAGUUCGCCAGAGGCAGAGUAACCAAUUUCUCUACGCGAUCAUCUUAGCUAACACCGGUGGCCCUUUGAAUUCUUGUAUUCUGCAAUAUGCGGCUCAACAUCCUUUCAGUCAGCGUCUCGCAAAAUAUCACCUUGGGAUGAUUGUC